GUUACUAACCAAAAGCCCAUGAAUAUAACAUACAAACAAGAGUAUUCACAACUCUUGUCACAUGUACAACUUUCACCACCUCCAAUGGCAAACUCCUUCAUCCUACUACAUCUCUUCUUCAUCCUAUCAUUUCUUCAUCUCCACCAUGCCCAAUCUCAAUCCUUAUACACACUCCAAUCCCUCCUUACCACCUUCAAUGCACGAGGUACAACCAACUACUGCACCAACAGUCUCACUAGCAGUGUUGCAAUCAACCUCCCCACCCCUCCAAACUCAUCUCUAACACUUGUUUGCUACAACAACACCAUCACCCAACUUCACAUAACCGGAAACAACAACAACAACAACAACUAUGAAAGCAUAUCAACAACCGCAUUCUUCUACACGAUAUCGGCUUUGUUCCCGAGCUUGAAAGUGAUAUCAUUAGUGUCCUUAUCCCUCAACGGGCCUUUACCCGCAACAGUUCUUGCUAACACAUUCUCCUCGUUAGAAAUACUCAACAUUAGCUCAAACCGAUUUAACGAAAACCUACCCAUCGAGCUAUCUUACUUAAAAAAUCUUCAAACACUAGUGUUUGAUCAUAACGACUUCACAGGUAAUGUCCCUGACUGGCUUGGCUCCCUCUCGUCUUUAACUGUUUUAAGCUUUAGAAACAAUUCCUUUAACGGGAUUUUACCGUUUUCGCUAGCGCGAUUAACCGCUCUUCGUGUUCUGGAUCUCUCAAACAAUCGUUGGUUAUCCGGUGAUGUCCCGGUUGAUUUUAGAAACUUGACUAAUCUUCAAGUUUUAAACCUUGAAAACAACCAGUUUGGGCCUAGUUUUCCUGUUUUGCAUAACCGGUUGUUAGUAUUAUCACUUAAGAAUAACCGAUUCGGUAACGGUAUUCAAGGGUACGAUCUACGAUCGUUUUACCAGCUGCAAAGGCUCGAUCUUUCGUCAAACGAGUUCAACGGGCCUUUUCCGGAUUUCUUGUUUUCGCUUCCUUCAAUAUCAUAUGUUAAUAUUUCUAGCAACAAGUUUACUGGAAAGUUAACGCAAAAUGUUACGUGUGGGGGUGAGCUUGGAACGGUUGAUUUGUCGUUCAACCGGUUUACUGGAGAGUUGCCUGGUUGCAUGCAGAGGGAUGUUGUUGUGAUGUACCAAGGGAAUUGUUUGUCGAAUGUGGGUUCGAACGGGCAGCAUAAUGUAUCGUUUUGUCGUAACGAGGCGUUAGCGGUUAUGAUCGAGCCUCGUGGAAGUGGGAAUGGUUCGGAGAGGUCGUCGUCGAAGGCUAAGAUAGUUGUGGCUUCUAGUGUUGUGGGUGGUGUUGUGGUUGGAGGGUUUGCAUUGUUUGGUGUGGUGUUGGUUGUUGUUAGAAGUGAGUUUUUUGGUGGUGGGUGUGCUGCUACACCUCAGAUUAGGGUUUUGCUUGAGAAGGUUUCACCUGCUUAUACGGUUAAAAUGCUCAAAGAUGCAAGAUAUAUUUCUGAGACGAUGAAGCUAGGAGCGGUUGGAAUUCUAUCAUAUCGAACUUAUGUUUUGGGGGAACUAAUUGAAGCUACAAAUAAUUUCCACGAAUCCAACCGCAUGGGUAGCGGGUCGCAUGGUCAGCUUUACAAAGGGCAGCUUAGUGAUGGUACUUUGAUUGCUAUUAGAAACUUUAAAAUGAAAAAGAGGUGCACCAUUCAGAGCUGUACUCGCCAGCUUGAGCUAAUUUCUAAACUCAGGCAUCCGAACCUGGUCAACCCAGUCGGUCACUGCUUUGACCGCCAGCUGGACGAGUCGGCCAUCAUCCGUGGUGUCUUUCUCGUGUUCGAAUUUGUCCCAAAUGGAACACUCAGAGAGUUUCUAACAGCUGGACAGAAACUCUCCUGGGCACAGAGGCUUGCGGCUGCUAUCGGGAUUUCGAAAGGGAUUCAGUUUCUAAGCACACAUAUCACCCAAAGAAUAUUCCCAAACAACCUUAAAAUAACUGAUGUUUUGUUGGAUCAAAGUUUUAAGGUGAAGAUCAGUGGCUACAGUCUUCCUUUGCAAGCAGAAUCUAAGGUGGCUGGACAUUCUGUCUCCAAAUCAUGUGAAACUCUUAGCAAAAGGUUUGACUUUGAGGAGAAUGAUCAUGACCAUGUUUAUGACUUGGGAGUUAUCAUGUUAGAACUCAUCCUGGGAAGACCGAUCAAUUGCAUAAACGAUACAACUAUUGCUAAAGACAUGGUACAAGUAAGUUUGGUUGUGGACGAGAUAGCUAGGAGGAGUAUAGUGGAUCCUUUGGUUUGCAAAGAAUGUUGUGAUGAAUCUUUGAAGACUCUAAUGGAGCUUUGUGUUAGAUGCUUGUCUAAUGAUCGACCCUCUAUCGACGACGUGUUAUGGAAUCUAGAGUUCAUAGCUCAGGCCCACUUAUCGUCAAUUGAAGAGCCAGUUAGUAAUCGAAUGUCAACAUCCAUCGAGUGUAUAACAUAGAAGUUGAAUUAGUUUUAAUCAUCUAGCUAGCUUAUGCUUAUACACGUUUCCCGAAUGAUGUUCGUCGGGUUUAACAUGAAAAGUUUGCUUGAUAGGUUGCCAACGAAGUAUCGAAUUGCAAGUCACGUAUUCGAUA